CUCGAUAUUGGAGCGAUUGACGUAAGACAGUGUAGCUCAAGACCCCUGCAUAAGUUCUUCAGCCCUUCCGGUGCCCGCGGGCGGAACUCGCUGUCUAGCCAAUCACAGCGUCUCACCGAUCAGCCCUAUCGGUGCCCGCGCAACAACUUAAGCCUUCAACCACCCUCACCACCUGACCGCAUUCCUGUGGAGUACGACGAGCGCAGAUCUCAAUAUGGAAGGUGCCGCCACUUCCAGCGAUAGCCAAGCGGGCUUGCGCGCAUGCGAUCAAUGCCGGACGCGUAAGAUUCGCUGUGAUAAAGGCAGACCUUGUGCGAGCUGUCGGGCUUCGGAUCUUGUGUGCCAGGCUUCUAGCAACAGGCCUAAGGAACAAAGGCAGCGAGUGCUCAUCUCCAGCAAGUAUGAAUCGAAGAUCGAUGCGAUUGGUAACCGGCUUGCUGGCAUUGAGAGAGUUCUACGAGACAUAAAACUAGCUUCGCCACGGUUGCCUUCUCCACACAGCCAAGCGCAUGCAACGCCAUCUCCCUCUGUCGGACACUCAGUGACCGCUACACCUGCCGCUACACCUGGGUCGGCCAUCCAACACUUUGAAGGCGAUACGUCUCUCAGUGCAUACACCACAUCCACUAACGACCAAUUACAACGAGCUUUGCGCAAUACUCAACUACUGCAGCAAGACCCCGACCUUGCUGCUGCAUUGACAUCUCUCAGUCAAAUAGUGUCGACUCAAAAUGUGUAUCCAGGCGAACAUGAGGUCCCCAGUACCGGGAGAGCUGCACUUAGCAACCGUAGAUACGGGGUCCCUCCUGCAGAGGUGGUCUCACAGGUGCUUCGAGAGACCGAGGAGAUGUACGAUACAGUGAUUGGGCUGUUCUACCCGGUCAGACCCUACACAGAGAUUGUAGGUCUUUGCAAGGAUCUAUACUUCAACAUCGACGACAUCCCCGUGGCGAACUUGAUCGUCGCGUUUGGCAGCCUUUACUUCGUUUUCAGAACCUAUCAAUUUGGGUUUGCGAAGGAAGAUCCACGUAUGGAGGAGUUUCAUUCAUACUCUGCUAUGUUCGUACGGAACAUGAUGGAUUUGAUUGGACUACUUCCAGUCUUGUUGGCACCAACUGUGGACAACUUCGAAGCACUGCUCCUCGGCGCCUACUAUGCUGUAGAUGCUUCGAAACCAUCGCUCUGCUCCGCUCUUAUCUCGAAGGCGAGUCACCUGUGCCUUACGCUAGGGUAUCAUCGCGCAGACUCGAUGGUAAAGGACUCACCUGAGACGCGCGGACGGAAAAUCAACCUUUUCUGGUUUCUCUAUAGCAUGGACAAGGGUCUUUGCCUUCGUCUCGGUCGCGCAUCAUGCAUCCAAGACUAUGAUAUCGCUGUGCCCAUGCCUAUCUUAGGGACUGACGAGAAUUUCUCCGCCGGUAAUGGCCUAAUCCGAUUCUGGUGUAAGCUUGCGGGGAUCCAGGGACGCGUAUACGAGGAUCUCUACAGCCCGCGUGCAUUGAAGCAACCUAAAGCUUCCAGAGCAGCAAAAGCUGAUCUGCUGGUCACUGACAUUAGGCAAAUGUGGACUGAGCACAACCAGAUAGGUUCCAUACCCGGUACACCCGAAGAGACUCACGAAGUCUUCAUGCUCGGGGACAAGGUCACCAUGUCUACGACACUCACAUUAGUACUUAGAGCGGUUCCAGCAACCGACGAUCAACCGCUAUCAUGCAGCCAGGAUUGUAUCACUGCAGCGAGACAGGCGCUGCAACUUCAUCAGACAUGUACUUCAAAGUUUGCAGAUAUGUCCGAUCGACAUGUCUUCGCGGAGUAUUUGCACUGGACUCUGCUUCACACACCUUUUACGCCCUUCUUAGUCAUAUUCUGCCACAUUAUCGAAACACAGUCUACGAGUGACCUGGCACUGCUCGGCGAUUUCCUGCAAACUUUGCAGCCCGCUCGUGGCACGUCAAGUGCCAUCGAAAAGAUGUUCUUGGUCUGCGAUGUGUUUCACAGGGUCGCUAAACUCUUCAUUGGCGCCGCCGCAAAAGACCCCAGUUUCUCCAAUCCUACAACACCCGAUCGGUCGACACAAACACAGCUGCGGAAGGAGCUCGAUCCGUUCAUGACUAGGAUUGGUAUCAACAACACGUACGAUGCUGGUUUCAACGGUACCGGCUUUGACCCAUACACAGCUACUACUCAGCCAAACGCAUCGUUCGAUAUGAACACCUUUGCUCCCGGCGGGAACAUGGGCGAGUGGUUCUCGGAAGAUCAACUGAUCACAACUUUGUUGGGCAACGACUUCAACUUCAUGGAUCCUAAUGCAGCGCCUAUGAUGAACAACGGCGGGCAAUUCAUGUGAAUCUGCGUGAGCAUUGGCUCACGCUUGGAUAUU